AUGCAUUCAACAAGUAUUAAAACAUUAUUAUAUAUACAGGAUCAAGUUGAUCAACAACCAGCAGUAGCACACGAUCAACUACCGGAAGCUGGACAUGAUUACAUACAGCAGCAUCCAUUUAUGCUUCCAGCAACAGAUCCUUACAUGUUUAUGAACCAUUCGACUACUUUUCUUAGACAGCCUUUGCAACACCAUUUUUACUCGUCUUCUUUAUCGCACACAAAAGUUCCACUCUUACCUCACCAAAGAUUGAUUAAUUCGUUCUUCAUUCCGGAUAAACUAAGAGAGGAACUGACACAGCGUAAUGAGGCACAGUGGAUGACAUCGAGUGACCAAUCCUUGCCAACCGAAGUGCAUGUCUAUCAUUCUUUAUAUCCUCUCGAGCAAGAAAAGCUUGGAAAUUACAAUGGAUAUCCAGCCACUGUAUAUAAAGCAACAUGUAGUAUUGAUAGACGAAGCUAUGCGCUUGUAAGAAUCGAAGGAUAUUCAAGUGUAAAUGAAUCAGCUGUGUCUAUUGCAGAAGUAUGGCGGAAUGUCAGACACUGUAAUAUUGUUUCGUUUCGAGAAGGGUUUACUACGAAAGCAUUUGGUGAUGAUUCCAUUGUGUUUGUUUACGACUAUCACCCAUGUGCAAAGACACUCUUACAGCAUUAUUUCAGAUUAGCAAAGCAAAUGUUUAAACCUGCCGUAUCAAUACAGAGCAAAGGAGUGCCGUUACUGGUAUCUGAGAAAACACUAUGGAGCUACAUUGUACAGAUAACAUCUGCCAUCAAAGCAAUUCAUAGUUCUGGAUUAGCCUGCAGAAAUAUACAGCUGAAUAGAAUCCUGAUUACAGGAGAGGAUCGAAUAAGACUUACUGGUGUUGGCAUCUUGGAUGUCUUGCAAGGCGAAGCAGACCAGCAGUUAACAGAAUACCAGCAACAAGACUUUAUAUCUCUUGGCACACUGAUUAUACAGUUAGCAUGUAAUUUAUCAACACCUUCUCAGAACAUCACACAGUCUCUUGAAUACAUAUCGCGAAUGUAUUCAGAGGAUUUGAAGAUCCUUGUAUCCGUUUUGAUGGAUGAAAAUACGCCUAAAUCAAUUGACGACAUACUAACAUUGAUUGCUCCACGCAUACUAGAAAAGAUCAACCGUAACCAUUUCCAUAAUGAUGACCUAGAACAGUGUUUAGGACAGGAAUUAGAAAAUGGUAGACUAGUUAGAUUAAUAUCCAAAAUGGGAUUUAUUAAUGAGCGACCAGAGUUUGAUAUGGACCCAAGUUGGUCAGAGACAGGCGAUCGAUAUUUAAUCAAGCUAUUUAGAGAUUACGUGUUUCAUCAAGUAGAUGAACAUGGUCAACCUGUCAUUGACAUGGUUCAUGUGUUGACAUGUUUGAAAAAGUUGGAUGCAGGCAUUGAUGAAAAGAUCAUGCUGAUGUCUAGAGAUGAAAAGUCAUGUUUAAUAGUAAGCUACAAAGAAAUCAAAAACUGCAUCAUGUCUGCUUAUGCAGACUUGAGCUCAGGCAGGAAAUAA